AUGUACAUUCCCUUUUGGACCCGCUUACGUGCACGCGAAUGGUUCUACCUUCUUAUCUCUCUUCUCUUUCUCUGGUUCGAGAGCCUCGUAAACCUCAUCACAUAUCUCCUUCCGCGAGUGGUGAUUUCCCACUGCACCAGCUCCACGAAAUGGGUCUUCCGCUACGUUUUGCGCUCUCCCGACGCUGCUUCCGCUAAGGAUUUCCCACCUGCUUCUGCUGGAUUAUCCCCCCAUGUCAACUGGGAAAACCUCUGUCUGCUCCAGAGCGCACAGAGCAUCCACGAAAUGUGCGCCGUCUUCGGCUUCACGGCCACCAGCCACUUGACCAGCACCAAGGACGAGUAUUUGCUCACACUCCACCGAAUCUCCCGGGAUAUCCCCCGAGAACGUAACGGGGAGAUUGUGUACUUCCACCACGGGCUUCUCAUGUGCAGCGACAUCUGGUGCACGAUGCUGCAAGAGCACCAGAACUUGCCUUUCGUACUUUACGAUUUGGGCUACGACGUGUGGUUGGGCAAUAACCGUGGUAACAAGUACUCUAACAAGCACUUGAAGCUCCGCACUGGCACCAAUGCGUACUGGGAUUUCUCCAUCGACGAGUUUGCGAUGCACGACAUUCCCAGCAUGAUCAACUACAUUCUCACUUUUGCCAAAAUGGAGUACCAGCACAUAGCCAAACCGGCGAUACGGCCAUCCUCGCAGUUAACCUAUAUCGGCUUUUCCCAGGGCUCGGCCCAAGCCUUUGCAUCGCUCUCUCUCAACCCAGACCUCAACUUCAAGGUGAAGCGCUUGAUUGCGAUCUCGCCCGCCACCACGCCUCGCGGGCUAAACAACUAUAUCGUCGAUAGUCUUAUGAAAGCAUCGCCAAAGAUCAUGUACCUUUUGUUUGGCUUGCGCAUUCUCCUUCCGUCUGCGCAGUUCUGGCAGAACAUCAUGUAUCCGCCGCUCUACUGCAAGGUUAUCGACGUGGCGAACCGCUUUCUCUUUGGCUGGAAGUCGGACAAUAUCGAUGUUAUCCAGAAGCUCUCAUCGUACAAGCACUUGUACUCGCCCACCAGCGUAAAGUGCGUGGUGCACUGGCUUCAGAUCAUCAGUAACUCCAACUUCCAGAUGUUCUACGACUAUAAUGAAUACUACUUGAAGCGCUUAUUCUACCCUGUGGAGUACCCGUUGCCGUCGAUUUUGAUCCCCAUCAAUCUCAUCUACGGGACCCACGACUCCUUGGUCGACAUUGACAUCAUGACUGAGCAGUUGGGCAACGGAAGGAACUUGCAGGUGUUUCUGAUGGACGGGUACGAACAUUUGGAGAAUAUCUGGGGUGUAGAUGUAGCCACCAAAAUCUUUCCUUACAUAAUUGAUGUUUUGAAAAACGACAGGCGUGGUGGGUUGCUAAAGGGAAAGGAUACCCUCCAGGGGCUCUUGGGAGACGUUAUCGAGGAGGGCACGGCUAACUCCACUCUGUACAGUCGGAAUCAAAGAGGGGACGAAAACCGCGAAGGACACAGAAAGAGCCCCGGUGGGGAGUUUCACUAUGCGGAGGUGUCACUGACUGGGUUGAGCGUCCUAGACGUCAACCGGAGACUAAGCCACAGCUUUCAAAACUAG